UUGACAUUUUGAUCGAUACACAAAUUUGUGAAGAGAGAGAGGGAAUAAAUAAUAAUGCCACUGCACAUGGUGUUGCAUGCCAUUUCCUUCUCCUUCUUCUCUCCAUUUUGCUUCAUUAGCAACUCAUCACUACGACUCUUUAUCUUUUCUUUUUGCUUUCUUUACAAUGAUCUGUGAUAUUGGGAUUCGUCUUUAUUCACUUCUUUACAAAUCCAUUUUGUUUCUCUCAGAACUUGAAUUCAUCUGCUGAGCCUUUUCACCAAUCCCAUUUCGAUUGUUUUUGGAGUUUCCCUAUCUGUUGAUGCGAUUUUGUGAUGGGUUUCUUUGAUUCAGCAUUUUAGUUCACUUUUUUCAUCUGGGUAUUUGAUUACUGUAAUAAAGAACAAGGACUUGAUGAAUUUUGGGAGUGGGAUUUAGCAAAUGAGUUGAUAAUUUGUUCCUAAGCUGUAGGUUUUUGGAAUAGCUAGGCAUUUUUUUAGUUCUUUUUUGGUCGAUGGUGGAGCUUCAAGCUUGUGCUGCUGGUUUGGUUAAUAAUCCAUGUGGAUUAUGUUCUACAAUCGACCAUGAAUCCAGAGGGGAGAAUGUGAAUGUUAUUGCACAAAUGGCUGAUGAGUUACAAAGAGAGAGGCAGAGAAAUGCGGAGCUCGUGGAGAGAAUAUCAUUUCUGGAAGCUAAAUUGUUAGAGGAAAAAGUGAAGGAUGCCCAACUUGCUGAUGAACUGGGAAGUUGUUCAAAGCCAGUGGGAAGAAGCUUCAAGAGGCUUAAAAGAAACAAAGAGGAAACAGGUAGCAAUCAACAAAAUGUUAAGAAAAAUGAAACAAUAAUGAAGGAUGGAACUCAGUUUUUGUCCCAAACAGAUGCAAAUCUAGAGGAUCAAUUGGUUAGUUGGAUGAGUAUGGAUGAGACACAGUUUGUGCAUUGUGAAAAGUUCAAGGAAUGUGAUAUUACUGUAGAUUGUGCAGAUACAGAUGAAACUGAUGAUGAAGAAGAUUAUAAUCACGAGGGGAGGGAAAUUCCUUUUGAUCUCAAGGAUUGGGAAAUUAAUGGAAAUUCCAAAAGUUUCAAUGAUGCUAAACAAGAUAUAUACCUUGAUUCAAAUACGGGAUAUUUGGAGAAUCAGUUUGGUGCUGAAAACAAGCAAACAAAAGCUAAAGAAUAUGGAAAAAGACCGGAGCCUAAAAGUGAGGUAGAAGAGAGAAGUGAAAAGAACGAAACCAAAAACAUUAAACUGUAUGAUGGAACAUCAAACAUCAUUGCAUCUGGGAAUGAAGUUUAUAAAGUAGGAUUUCGAAACGUAUCGCUUCAAAAAAAGCCUCCAAAGUUAGCCUUCUGUCCUAAAGAAGUAAAGGGAAUUAUUGAAUCAGAAGUCUUGCCGCAGAAAAAUGCUCAAUCUCAUACCAUGAGGAAAAUAAUAGUGUUUUCAUGUCUUGGUAUAAGGCAUGGUUGUGAAGAGAUAUACGAGUUAGACUUCAAUCAUUUCAGUAUUCUAAGGAAAGGAGAGCCGUUCAUUUCUCCUCAAAAUCCUGGGGAGCAUGUCUUGUAUGAGAAUCCUGGUGUAAGGAGGAGAAUUUUCUACCCCAAUAGGCAUAAUCCAACAUUAUGUCCAGUUCAAAUACUAGAGGAAGAGAAAGCUAUGCGACCAUUAGAUGUUAACUGUCCUUCUUGCUUCUUUCUCUGUAUCAAAUAUGGUGGCAGGACAAGGAAUCUUCCACAGAACGAGUAUGUGAGGCAGCGAAUGGGAAGAAACAAGCUGAAGUCAUUUGGGCCACUCAUGUGCAGGAUGGCUAUGUUAGCUAAUAUCCGCAGUGGGAGUUUUUUCUUCAAAGCCUUGGGAAUUACACUUCUCUUCAUGGCUGGUUUUCCAGAUGACAUUGUCCGCAAAGAAACCAAAUACCGUAACUUGGACUUGCUUCAGAAAUACUACAGGACAGACAAAGAUGCCGAAGGCGAGGAGUUAUUUCUUACACACUUGACGACCGAUAACAUCGAUGACAAAUUUGUUCAGGAGCAGCAAGUUGGAAGAACUGUUUCAAAAAAAUCAAGGGGGAAAAGGCCAAGUAGUACUAACCAACAGCCUGACUCUUCAGACACUUCAACGAAAUUUGGAUUGGUAGGGUACACUUCAAUCCAAACUCGUGCUGUGGCAGCAUUUCAGUCACUGCCAUCUCCAUCUCAGGCACCAGUAGACAGUAACCAUCCAAUUCCAAAUCCAAUGGUUGCUAGUUCCUGCACUGCUAUGGCCUCCUACCAAACUCAGAACCCAUUUAAUUAUUUCCCACCAAACUCAUUUGUUCCUCUUAUGUAUUGGCCGCCUCCAAAUUCAUUCAAUCCAGGGCUUUACCCUUCACCUUAUGCUUAUCAUUCUUUUCCAUCAAGUGGAAAUUAUAUCUCCUUCCAAUCACAGCCUUAUUGCAGCUUUCCCUGUAGCCCCUUCAUGCCAAAAGCUAUGGAAGAAAAUGCAAAGAAUGAGGACAUCUCAGAAGAAACAGAUAGUAAUUCUGACAGUACUUCAAGCAGUAAAGAUUAAAACAUAUACACAAGCAGCAAACGCUUCUUCACUCAUCUUGACAAGGAUAAGUUCUUGCUUAAAACCAAGAUGAAAAUUUAUCAAUUUAAGGUGAUUUUACCAUAUCUUGAUUUUCAAUAGUAUUAUUACCGCCUAAAAGUUGUGAAAAUCAUGAUUUUGUUAUUUUCUUUUCUCUCUUUCUCUCUCUCUCUCUUUCUAGUACUAAUUUUCUUCGUUUGGCUAGCUAAUCAGACGUCCCUCCAAUGAGGGUCCCAAAAAUUCAAUUAUUAUGUAGCAAAAUACUGUGACAAGUGCAUUUGCUUUUCUCAUCUGUUUGUUUAUCUUCUUUUUACAUGAACAAAUAUUUCUUCUGAUUCUCCUUCCAACCUUUCAUUGCUUUUAAACAUAUAAUUGCAUCUCCUUCAAUAUAAGUAUAUAUGUGCAGAGCCUGAAUCUCUUGCCAUUGUGCAGCUUUUAUUACUACAAGAAGAUAACUCAAGUACAACAUUCCCAUGGAUCCUGAAUAACCAGGCAUCAAUAUGGUCAAUGCAUCAUCAUACACCAUCUCUCCACCAUUCAUCCACACAUACAUAUAUACAUACAACAUCCAUCCCUACAUUCCCCUUUACCAACACAAAGCUCACAACAAGCACAACUUAGCAUAAUCCUAAAGAGCAAACAGAAGCAGCAGUGACCAGUACAGCCUGCA